AUGGAGGUUGUGAAACCACCUUCUCACUUUUCUCGAAUCAAUUCGACCUGUUCUGCUGACGAUAGUUCAAUAGAAGAAGAACUUGAAGUAUUGGAGGCGAUCUACAUUCAUGAGUUAAAUGUCAUUUAUGAUGAGAGUAAGCGUCCCUCUACCAUACAGCUGCAGUUGCAUCCAUCAACAGAAGAUGAUCUUGAGAAGCAAUACGUCUGCCUCACACUUAUAUUUGAACUGUCUCCUGCUGAGUACCCCAGACAACCACCUGUGAUCAAAAUAAGAAAUCCAAGAGGUCUAGCUGAUGAUGAAAUGGAAAGCUUAUCAAGACGGUUGGAUGAACAUGCAGAAGCUAACAAGGGUAGCCCCAUGCUGUUUUCACUAAUAGAAAUUGCUAAAGACGUGUUGACUGACAGCAACGUCCCGCACUGUCCGUGUGUCAUCUGUCUGGAGCACUUCACCGAGGAGGACGCAAUCUCGAGGACAGAUUGCUAUCACUAUUUCCACCCCGUCUGCUUGAGCAGAUUCAUCAAGUUCAGUCUCGAGGAAACGGAUGAGAAAAAGUCAUCAAAAGCGUUGUACUCAGGGCAGGAGGAGAAGAAGGUUUUCUGCCCAGUAUGCCGUGAUGUCAUAAGCUACGAUGACAAAUCCUUAGAGAUUAGCACCCGAGUUGACGAUAACCCCAUUGAGUACCAACCAAAUCCAGAGAUGGUGGCAUUGCAGAAGAAAAUGUCUUCACUCUACCUUCAACAGAAGGCCAAAGGUGCCAUCAUUGAUGUCGAGGCAGAAAAGAACAAAUUUCUUGUCCCAGCAGAUGGUCUGGUGUAUGGCCUUCAGCUGCCUACAAAGGAAGAGGCGCAAGAACAAUCAUCACAGUCAAAGAAAGAUGUGAAGGAUAAACAGAGGAAAUCGGGCCAUUCUAGAAAUGGUCGAGAUUCUAAUGAUAGGUCAGAGAAGAACAUGGCUGCUAAGAUUCAGUUUGUUAAAGGGAACAAGGACUCUGGCAGAAAACAAUAUGAGGAUAACAACAUGAGGGAGCGAUCUGAAAGAUCAAGAUUUGACGAAAGGAAAUAUUCUGACCGAAAACGAUAUGGGGAUAGAAAGGAAUAUGACAGUUCAGGAUUUGAUGAUAGAAGGGACUCUGAAAGAAAACGAUAUGAGAAUAGAAAGGAAUCUGACAGAUCAGGAUUUGAUAAUAGAAAGGACUUUGACAGAAAACGUUAUCAGGAUAGAAAGGAAUCUGACAGAUCAGGAUAUGAUGAUAGAAAGGAUUACAGAAAACGUUAUCAGGAUAGAAAGGAAUCUGACAGAUCAGGAUUUGAUGAUAGAAAGGACUCAGACAGAAAACGAUAUCAGGAUAGAAAGGAAUCUAACAGAUCAGGAAAUGAUGACAGAAAGGACUUUGAGGAAAGGAAGGAUUCAGAGAGAAAACAGUCUGAUAACAGGAAAUAUGACACCAAUAGGAAGAGAUGUUCUGAAAGCUCUCGUUAUGAGGAUAGACAAAGUGCUAAGCAUAUUCAAGAGGAUGGAUCCGGCAAGACCACUGAGAAGUCGUCUGGUUUUGAUCAGAGAGAAGGCACUGGUCUUAGAGAUAGUCAAGUGAGCUCAAAAGAGGGCAGCGCUCAUACUACAAAUGGUAGACAAGCAGGUGGUUUCAGAAAAGAAGACAGGAUAAAGGACAGUUCUGAUAAAGACCGGCCUCGCCAGGAUCAGGUGGAAGAGAGUGGCAUUGCCAAGAAGGAACACAAGUCGGGGGAGAGGGGUGAUCAGUCAAAGAUUAGUGCUAGGGGGCCGGUAGAAUUUUAUCAGGCUGGUAGGAAGAGAGGUGGUUCAGGGAGAGGGAGAGGGAGGCGAACAGAUGGUGUAGAUCUUGAUGAGAGGUUUGGUAAAGAUGAUAAGGAAUCUGGUGUAAAUGAUCAUUCCAGGAGUGGGACAGGGCAGGAUAUAGAUACUGAACAUGGCCGGGAUUGUGUAAGGUCAGGGCGUGGGCGGGGACGAAGGAGGCAGGAUACCACCAGCCCUAACGGUGAGAGAAAUCACUCAUCCAGUUUUGAUGAGAGAAAGGGUAGGCCUAGAAGAGGAGGGCAGGAUUUAGUCAGCUCUGACGCGGAGAGGGACAAUUCAUUUGCUCAUGAUGAUAGGAAAUGUGGGCGAGGACAAGGGAGGCAAGAUGGUGAAAUAAAACAUGGACAGAGGGAUGAACCAGAUAAUAAGGAGAGUUGUAGUGGGAGUAUUAUGUAUGGUAGGAAUUCUAGUCAAAAUAAUAAUGAUAUCGUUUACAGUGGGAGGAAAUCUGAUGGGUAUGGUGAACGGAGGCCAAAAGGGGCAAGAUUUGAGGUCAAUGGUCGUGAUUAUACUCAUAGAAGAGAUGAUUAUGGUAGGCAUGAUCAUGAUCAUGAUAGGUAUGAUAGGAGGGGGUCUGGAAGAAGUAAGGGGGAAGAUGAUCGUGAUGGUCGGCACAGAGAAAGUUCACAAGAUUUUGGGCGGUCAGGUAGUUGGAGAGAAGAGGGUGGCUCUAGGAGGGGAAGAGGGUCUAACCAGGCUAGUGGUGCUAUGGAAAUUUGCGACAAAUCAGAGUCGCUUGGAGACGAGAAGAGGCAGUAUGAUUCUGAGGAAGCUUUCGAUGUCCCUGGUCAUGGGACAGGUAGAGGAAGGGGUAGGGGUCGAGGGCGGGGAAGGGGAAGGGCCAGGCCUAGAGAACCAAAUGAACCUAUCAAUGGUUCCAGUUCAGACAACCCCAAUGGCAAUCUGAAAACCACUUUGGAUGCCCGAUCCUGACACAGGGCUGAUUCUGCCGAAUUUUCUUCUCAUCUGGUAUUGUUCAUGUUGCACUGUUGUCAAAGGUAUUGUUAUUUUAUGCGAAAUGCUGACUUAGUUAAACCAGUGUGUUCAGUGUGACACAGAUGUUGUUCUACGUGAUACGUGUUUUGUUAGUCAUGGAGUCCAAAACCAUUACUCUAAAUACAUGUACAGUAGAACCAUUCAUUGCUAUCAAGAAACGCCCGUACCAAAUGAUAGCCUCAUAGCCUAGCGGUCAACACUAAAAACCCUUAUGAACUUGAAUAGCUGUGAAUAUAAUGAACGUUGUUUGUUCAAUUCAAAGUGGUGCCACAGCUUUCUAGUUUCAUCGUUUUGUCGUUAGCAUUGCUCAAAUUGAAAAUUAGCAUAACUUGUUAUCAUGGUCUAAUAACUCCAGAUAAGGAGAUCUGAGAGGAUCUAUUACUGUUUUCACAAAUUACUAAAUCGAAAAGGUGCACAAAUUUGUUGAUUUACAGUAUGUGAUAUGAACUGAUACAGGGUGUACCAAAAAGAAUCAAAACCAGCCAUCUUGGUAAGUUUUAGUAUUGCUGGAUAAUGGAUUAAUUCUGGAUAUAUGAAAUAUUCAGCUUGAGGCAUAGUCUUAAUGAGACAAUCGUAAAUAAUGUAACAGGCCUGUGCAGGGCUGACUCUCUGGUGAAAUGGUUCUUAGCCUACCAUGCAAAUAUUACAAAAGCCGUUAUCUUUGAACUGGCAACUGAGAAGGGACUGAGCUGUGGAGAGCAUACUCUCCUUGUCAAACUUCGAAACAAGGUUGACUAGGGCUGUCCUCACCGGCAGAGGUUCUGUUUUGUUAACCUGAUUGUGAAUGUAGCAACUAAUUUAUUUUUGAUGAAAUUUCAUGUUGUAACAAUAUUGUCACUGUGAAAUAAAGUGAAUACAGGUCAA